AUGCCCCCUUUCCAAUUGAACGACCCGUCUCUGCUUCAUGAAGCAUCGUUGCGUAAUGGGGAGUGGGUUCAAUCCCAGACCGGGAAGACAUUCCCAGUAGAAGAUCCUGGAACCGGUCAAACAUGGGCUUCUGCCCCGGCUAAUGACCGAUCCGAUGUUGAUCAAUAUGUUGAGACGUCCCACUUGGCCUUUAAAAAUUGGCGCCACACAAACCCCCGCGAACGAGCAAAGCUUCUGCUGAAAUGGCAUGAACUGGUCUCCCAAAAUAAGGAGGACAUAGCCAAUAUUGUAGUCUACGAGACUGGCAAACCGAAAGUUGAGGCUAUAGGCGAGGUGGAUUAUGCUCUCGGCUUCCUCUGGUGGUUCGCAGGAGAAGCUGAACGGAUUCGAGGCUCAGUAGCCAUUCCGUCAGUCUCGGAUCGACGCACCUUUGUCAUCAAGCAACCUAUCGGUGUUUGCGUGGCAUUAGUCCCAUGGAACUUCCCGGUCGCGAUGAUUCUCCGAAAGGUGGCUGCAGCACUUGCGGCUGGCUGCACAAUGAUCAUUAAACCGUCCCCAGAGACUCCCUUGAGUGUGAUGACACUUGCAGAUCUGGCUCAACGAGCUGGUAUUCCCUCAGGUGUCAUCAACGUGAUCUCCACUGAUAACACCAAUACACCAGCGGUCAGUGAAAGACUUUGCAAGCACCCUCUCGUACGGAAGGUUACCUUUACGGGAAGCACAGCCAUUGGAAGUCUUAUUGCAAAACAAUGUGCCGAGGGACUGAAAAAGGCCACAAUGGAGUUAGGAGGGAACUGCCCUUUCAUCGUCUUUGACGACGGGAACCUAGACGACGCGGUGGCUGCCCUGAUGAUCCUCAAAUGGCGGACUGCCGGACAAGCCUGUACACAUGCGAAUCGCGUGUAUGUGCAAAAAGGCGUUUACGAAAAGUUUGCAGGUCUCCUAGUCGAAGCAACGAAAAAACGCAUCAAGGUGGGACAUGGAUCUGCAGACGGCGUGACAAUGGGCCCUCUGACAACGGCCCGCGGGGUACAAAAGCUUGAGCGACAUGUGUCUGAUGCGAUCAGCAAAGGAGGAAAACUACUCCACGGUGGAAAAGUGCCAGAUGACCUUGAUUCCGCUUGUGGCAAGGGUUAUUUCUUUGAGCCAACUAUUAUUUCAGGGAUGACAUCUGACAUGCUAACAUCUACCGAGGAGGUUUUCGGCCCUCUCCUUGGCCUGUAUCCAUUCGAAACCGAGGAGGAAGCUGUGGAGAUGGCCAAUAAUACAUCUAUGGGCCUAGCAUCAUACUUUUUCACAAGGGAUGUUGACCGCACCUGGCGGAUGCUAGAAAGUCUUGAGGCGGGGAUGAUCGGCAUGAAUACAGGCAACGCAUCUGGCGCCGAGUCUCCCUUUGGAGGCAUUAAAGAGUCGGGCUAUGGUAAAGAAGCUGGUAAGGAUGUGGCAAUUGAGGAGUACUUGAUUUCCAAGACGGGCACCCUCACGGUUCAUCCAUCUUAA